AUGACUGACGAGUCCAUCCGUGGGUUUUCCCUCCCUGGAGAAGUUGACGGUCGCGGGUUGAGAAUAGGCAUCGUGAGGGCCUCUUGGAAUGCUAAAGUGGUGGAGCUGUUAGAAGAGGGCGCUGUGGAGGUCCUGCUUGCAAGCGGUGUGAAAAAGGAAGACAUUAUCACAGAAUACGUGGCGGGAUCGUAUGAAGUCCCCUUCGCAGUGCAGUUGUUGUUGGAGAAGACCAACGUUGAUGCCGUCAUCGCUCUAGGUUGUUUGAUCAAAGGGGAGACUAUGCAUUUCGAGUACAUCUCAGAGGCGGUUACUCACGCUCUGAUGCGCCUGGGCCUUGACCAUAAGAAACCGGUCAUCUACGGAGUCCUCACUGUAUUGAACGAAGAGCAGGCUGAGGCUCGAUGUGGCAUGUUAGCCGACUCUGUCCAUGGUAACGAGGCGAGGGAGUGGGCAAAGACGGCUGUUCGUCAGUGCAACGUUAUGCAGAAGUACCAAUAG